CGCGACUCGGCAGUGCCGCCGGAGAAGCUCUCGCGACGACCGCAGCAGCGAAGCUCCGGCGAGAGAGGACAGAAGGAGCGUUCUUUUUUUUUUUUUUAUAUAUAUAUAUGAUAUAUACACACACACACACACGUAUAUUAUUCAUGUUUUGUAAUUAACCUUAUUUAUUGUCUCCCGGCGGGAUUUAAACACGCAACUCGGCGGUGGCGGACGAUGGUGAAAGAGGACCCGGGAUCCGAGCCUGAGCAGCCCAACGGAACUUAUUGUUAUGUUGCGAUUGUUUGGGCUAUGUUACCCCCGAGUGAGUUCGCCUUUGGUCCGUCGUCGGCGCUCCAUCGGGAACAUUCUGCCGGUUUUUAACCCACUUUGAAGGAUAAACGCCGAAGGAAGGAAGGAUUGUGCUUUUUUUUUUUCUUCUCUCCUCUUCUUCGGGGAUUUAAAUUUGCUGGUGCUCCUCAGGGGGGGGGGGGGGAGAGAGAGACAUUCAUGUGGCCAUUCUCUCGUUUCUAGUUUUCCUCUUGGGGGUGGGGGGGGGGGGGAGAAAGUGCAUAAUGAGCAAAGAACGACCCAAAAGGAAUAUUAUUCAGAAGAAAUACAAAUACCGAAACAAAUGUUCCUGCGUGUUGUGUCGUCGUGUCAACGCCUCUCCCGGUUGUCCCCCCCCGCAGGACGACAGCGAUGGUAUCCCGUGGUCGGAAGAGCGGCUGAUGCGAAAGGUGCUUUACCUCUCCCUCAAGGAGUUUCGGAGCGCGCAGAAACGGCAGCUGGACGGCGAUGGGAGCGCCAACCAAAACGGCUCCUUAGCCAACGGGCAGCUCAACGGCUCCGGGUCAAUGGGCGGCCACAAAGAUGGCGGCUCGCUGCACGCGUCGGGCCUGGACGAGGGCGGCGGCUACUGCGAGGACGGGCCGGCUAAGAAGAGGCCUCGUCUGCAAGCCCAGAGGAAGUUCGCCCAGUCGCAGCCCAACUCGCCCAGCACCACACCCAUCAAGGUGGCCGAUCCCGCUGCCCUCACCGUGGGCCAGGCCGCCCCCGUGCCCGCGGCCUCCGCCGCCGCCGCCGCAUCGUAUUCGUCGCCGCUGUCGUCGCCGCCGCCACCGUCGUCGUCGCUUGCCACCUCGUCCCUGUCGUCGUCCAUCCAGGACCUGUCCCGACGAAAACCCAAGACGGAGGACUUCCUCACCUUCCUCUGCCUCAGAGGUUCGCCGGCGUUGCCCAACAACAUGGCCUACUUCGGCAGCUCCCAGGAGGAGGAGGACCUGGGGGAGGUGGAGGACGAGGAGGAGGAGGAGAUGAGGAACGGCGGCGCCGGCCACUCGCACUUCGUGGUGAGCGGCAGCCACGCAUCCGGCUCCUCCUCCUGCCACUCCACGCCACGCAAGGGAAAGCCCCUCGCACGCCAACCGCUCAACGGCCACGUGUUCAACAACCACAGCAAAGCGGGGAUGCGUGAGAGCCCUCGGCCCAAGGCGACGGCGCCUCCUACCCCGCCGCCGCCGCUCCUGAGGGAGCGCAGCGAGCGGGCCGAGGCGCGGGAACACGUCAGGAUGUUGCAAGCCCUGGCCGGCGCUAACGCCAACACUAGCCUGUCUACCAGGAGGGCCGCGGAGGAGCUACGGAAGCAGGUCUCCAGAGUGAACGGGCUGACGCGUCUGAGCGCCCUGCAGGCCGCCGCCAAGAGGAGCCGCGACUUCCGCCUGCCGUCCAAAACUGUGAAGAAGUACACGGCCACCGUGUCCAAGGGCCACGUCACCUACACCAAAGCCAAGCAGAGGGAACUGGGCAAGAAAACCAAACUCAGCAGCAACAACAACAAUGCGAACAAUCACAAUCAGCACAGCCAGCCAGCAGCCAGCAACAGGCUGACCCACUCAGGAAAAGCAGCAGCAGCCUAUCACAGCAAUGCAAAAACACGCAAACAGGUGCUACUAUCCAACGGGCUGCACGCGGGCGACGCCGCCGCCGCCGCUCGCCUCGACGCGAGGCUGAACGGGCAGCGGCACGACGACAGGGAGGACGGCCACAGACACGAGGGCGACUUCCCUGGGCGGGAGGGUCUGCGCAACUCCAAGCGGCGCCUGGAGGUGGUGCUGCACUCGGUGGAGGCCAGCGUGCUGAAGGGCGGCCAGGAGCCCAAGAAGGCCAAGCUUCGGCCGCCGCCACCGGAGACCCGCAGCGGCAAGAAGGCGGGCCCGAUGCGCUCCGCCACCCCCAGCACCCCGCUCUCAAGCGGACGCCUUUCUGAGCCGCCGCCGCCCCCCGAGAGCUCCCCGCCCUCCACGCCCCUCGCGCAACAAUCCUCUUCGACACCAGCAGAGUCGGCGAACCAGCGGCCCAAGCGGGCGUCGGCCGGCAAGCUGAUGUUGAUCAGACAAGCACAGCAGCAACUGAGCAGGUCUCACGGCCGCGGCGGCGCCUCCUCUUCCUCCCCGUCGUCCGGCCACAAUCACUCCCGCGGCCCCGGGCGCAGCACUACCUCAGACCUCCGACAGGGCGCCGCCUCCUCCUCCUCCCCGCUCGCCAACCGGUCGGGACCGCUCGGGCCCCCGCCGACGGGGCGGCCGGCCGACCGCGACAAGGAGUGGGAGCGCGAGAAGGAGCUGGCGCGGCAGAAGGAGCGCGAGCUGGAGAAGGAGCGGGGGCCCCGGCGGAGCCGCCCCGAAGGGUGGGCGGCGUUGGGCGAGGUGCCAGUCUUCCUACCGGCGUCCCGCGAGUUCCAGGACCCUCUGGCGUACCUGGACGGCGUGCGGGAGCAGGCGGAGGCGGCGGGCGUGUGCCGCGUGGUGCCACCGCCCGACUGGAGGCCCGAGUGCAAGCUCAGCGAGGAGAUGCGGUUCGUCACCACCGUGCAGAGGGUCCACAUGCUGGGGCGGCGCUGGGGCCCCAACGUGCAGCGGCUGGCGUGCAUCAGAAAACACCUCAAAUCUCAGGGCAUUACCAUGGACGAGCCGCCCGUCAUUGGCGGCUGCGAAGUGGACCUGGCGCGCUUCUUCCAGCUGCUCAACGACAUGGGCGGCAUGCAGCAGGUGAUGGACCUGAAGAAGUGGACCAAGCUGGCCGAUCUGCUGCGCAUCCCCAAGUCGGCGCAGGACCGUCUGGCCAAGCUUCAGGAGGCCUACCUGCAGUACCUGCUGGCCUACGACUCGCUGGGCGCCGACGAGCGCCUCCGGCUGCAGGCCGAGGUACUGCAGGAGAAGCGUUGUCUGGAGGCGCGGCGCGGGCCUCUGGAGGGCCUGGCGGACUCGGCCGCGCCGGCGCUGCCCCGCUACGAGCCCAAGAACGGGCUGGCGGGCGGCGUGGUGGGCGGCGGCGGAGGCGGCGCCGGCACCAACGGCGUGUACCAGCAUCUGAAAGAUCUGGAGGCUCAGGUGAAAGCGGGCCGGCGCCGCCUCUUCGCUCAGGAAAAGCACGGCAGAGAGGACGGGCGGCGCGCAGCGGACGAGCCGGACGACGACGGCGUACUCGGCGAGCAGCACAAAUGUAUUUACAAGGGGAAGUCCGUGUCGUUGACCAACUUCUUCCGGAUCGCACGCAACACCAUGACCAUGUGCUUCAACAAGGAGCCCGGCGCCGCCGAAGUGGAGCAAGAGUACUGGCGCAUUGUGGAGCAGCGUGACGGCCAUGUGGCCGUACAUUGCGGGAAGGUGGACACCAGCACGCACGGAAGCGGUUUCCCCACCGGCAAGUCGGAACCGUUUUCAAAACACGGAUGGAACCUCACCGUCCUGCCCAACAACUCGGGGUCCAUCCUGAGACAUCUCGGCGCCGUGCCCGGGGUCACCAUUCCCUGGCUAAACGUCGGCAUGGUCUUUUCUACCUCAUGCUGGUCUCGCGACCAAAAUCGCCUUCCAUACAUCGAUUACCUUCACACUGGUGCUGAUUGCAUUUGGUAUUGUGUCCCUGCUGAGGAGAAGUCCAAGCUGGACAAGGUGGUCCACACCCUGCUGCAGGCCAACGGGACGCCUGGACUGGAAAUGCUGGAGAAGAACAUCAUGAUUUCUCCGGAGGUGCUGUGCCGCGAGGGUAUCCGUGUCCACCGCACGGUGCAGCGCAGCGGCCAGUUUGUGGUGUGCUUUCCCGGCGCCUUCGUGUCCAAAGUGUGCUGCGGCUACAGCGUGUCGGAGACGGUGCACUUCGCCACGCCGCACUGGAUCAAGCUGGGCUACCAGGCGGCCAAGGAUCUGAAGUGCCGGCGCAUCGCCGAGCCGUUCUCCACGGAGAAGCUGCUCUACCAGAUCGCCACGGCCGAGUCCAAACGGGACAACGGCCUCCUGCUCGCCACCGUCGCCGCCCUCCUCAAAGACCUCAGGAACACGGAGAUGCGGCAGCGCUCGGAACUGUUCGCGGCGGGCCUGCACUCGGCGGCGCGCUACGGCGCUCACGACGAGGGCCGCAAGAAGCCGCGCGGGAAGUGGACGGCGCUCGAGUCCUCCGAGAGGCGAUGCCAGAUCUGCCACCACCUCUGCUACUUGUCCAUGGUGGUGCAGGAGACGGACAACGUUGUAUUCUGUCUGGAGUGCGCGUUGCGCUUCGUGGAGAAGCACAAGUCGUGCCGAGGCCUCAAGAUGAUGUACAGAUAUGACGAGGAGCAAAUCAACAACUUGGUGAACCAGGUGUGCGGGCGGGCCAUGCUGAAGAGCGGCGGGGGCGUGGCGGCGGGCGGCGGCCUAAUCGUGGCGGCGUCCGCGGCGGUGGCGGGCGCGGGUGACGCCUGCUGCCGCCCCGUCAGCCCCGCCAAAGCCUCGCCGGCCAAGCGCGGCGCCCCCCGCAAGCGCAGCGCCAUGGAGGUGUCGCUCGCCCGCCUCUCCUCCAGCCUGAUGCCCAAGGCGGCCGCCGUGUCUUGAGGCCUUUUGCACUAGCAUCCAAAACAUUUGCCGCCGUUUCCCCAAUUGCUUUUUGUCUCUGCCCCGCCCGCCAAAUUUUUUGGAAGUAGAAACCCAAAGUUUUUCCUCCCGAAUUCCCGGCGCAGCUCCUGCAGUAUCUCUUUGAAAACGCCGUGGGGCACGCUCGUAGUGAAAACUUGAAAGACAUUGCUGUUUUUUUCCCUGCAUCCUUCUGGAGUUUUUUUUUUUUUUUGUCGUUUGUGGGAUUUGAGCGCAAAAAAAGUGUGCCUCAAAGCGAGGAGUUCGGCCUUAUUUUUUGGUGCUGUCGCUUUCCGAUUUACUGUAUCAUGCCGGGGGGAAAAAAAAAAGUGCGAGGUUGGCCGGAAGCUCGCGCUAACACGGCGGAAAAGCUUCCCCCCCCCCUGCCCCUCGGUUGGUUGGAGAUGUGCAAUCGUGUUAACAUUCCAUUUUUCUUCCACUCCAUCUGACUUCAAUUCUUAUCAUUUUUGAUUUUUGUUUUCAUUUUCUCAAGUAGAGCCACUAGUGUCAAAUGUGAAAUGUUCAGUUUUGUCCCAAUUAUAAUUUUUUUUUUUUACUUGUUUAUUAUUCGAUUAAAUUGAGUGUUUGUUUGUUUCCCCCCCCCCCCCCCCCCCCCCUCCCCUCCCAUGAAUUUUUUUGUACAUAAUCCUGUAAAUGUCUUUUACAUACUUGGCCCGGUGGGGAAGGACGCCAGGAAAGAGUGAUGAUGAUGAAGAAAAAGCCUUACAAUUCCCUUUCUUCAUCGGCGUGUGCGCUGACGACAGCGUCUCUCCCGUAUGUAAAGAAAAAAAAAUCGUUUAAGUGCUGCUUAUAUCGCUAAAAAGACAUAAGACGACUUUCCCCCACCCUUACCCGAGCCCCUUGAGCCUAGUUUUUUUUGUUUAGCUUUACUUUUUUUUUUUUUUUGUAAGGGGGAAAAAGCAGGCGAGGAAAAAGUUACUUUAAAAUUUUUUUUUUUUUUACAUUUUCAAGCAUGAAAAUUUCACACAAAGAAAGGUCGUAGCUCCUCAUGUUGCACUGAGAAAAAAUGCUUUUAAAUGGAUACUUUUUUGUUUUGUUUUGUUGGUCGUCAUCCCGCCCACGCAGAGGACUGAAAAACUCUUUUACGUCUAUUUAAGGAAAAAAAACGCUGUGCGCGUUUUCAGCGUUUAAAUAAUAAUGAAAAAAGAAAGCUGUUGUCAAGUUUUUAUGGCCUUAACGAUGUUUUUCAUCUUGUUUGAUUUUUGAUGUCUGAAAGUGCUCGCUAACAAAAAGCGAGGCUCUUAAUUUAUUGGUCCAGACUCUCGUGUUGGUUACUUUUUUUUUUUACUUUUUUGCAGUUUGUUUGUAUUUGAGGUUGAAUAAAAACUUGCCGACAAUUCACUGUCAAGCCUUUG